UAUAAAAACAUGCAUGAACAUACAAUUAAUCUCAAACCCAAAUAGUAAAAAUGGGCACAGAAGCCCCUCUUUCUCCCACUAUUCCAGUAAUAGAUUUCUCAGUGUUAGAGAUGAAGCCUGGCACUCCUACGUGGGACUCGGUAAAAUCCCAGGUUAUAAAAGCUAUGGAAGAGUGUGGUUGCUUCAAGGCUUUGUGUAAGAAAGUUCCUUUAGAGCUUCAAAAGGAAAUUCUCCAUGAAAUGAAAGAGCUUUUUGAGCUUCCUUUAGAAAUAAAAAUGCAAAAUGUUUCAAAGAUACCAAAUGGAGGGUACAUUGGGAAGUCAUCUAUCACUCCACUAUGUGAAAGCAUUGGCAUUGAUGAUCCCAACUCUUUGGAAAAGGUCCAAACUUUUACCAAUGCCUUUUGGCCACAGGGAAAAUCAAGUUUUAGCAAAGCAAUACACUCAUUCAGUAACCAAAUAUCAGAAUUAGGAGAAAGAAUAAGGAGGAUGAUAUUGGAGAGUUUGGGUAUGCAGAAAUACUUGGACGAGCACAUGGAUUCAAGCAUAUCCAAGAUUAGAAUAAUCAAAUAUGAAAUGGCCAAAGAAAAUGAGCCAAAGCUAGCGUUAGCCUCUCACAUGGAUGCUAGCAUCAUUACCAUAUUAUAUCAAAAUCAAGUUGAUGGAUUAGAGAUACAAACCAAAUCAGGUGAAUGGAUUAGUGUCAAUCUCUCCCCUCACAAUUUUUUCGUAUUAAUUGGAGAAUCUUUCCACGCAUGGACAAAUGGGAGAUUGCACUCUCCAUAUCAUCGUGUUACAGUGAAAGGAAAUGAUGAAGAAAGAUACACAAUUGGAUUGUUCACAAUAUUUAAACCAGGCUACACUAUAAAAGCCCCAGAAGAGCUAGUUGAUGAACAACAUCCCUUAUUAUAUAGGCCUUUUGAUAUUCUUGAUGUCCUUCAACGCCACCAGGCACUGAAGAACAAUCAAAGUCAGCAAAAUGUUUUUGUCCCUUUAAAGGCUUAUUUUGGUGUUGUUUGAAAUUUGAAUUCAAAUGAUUUAAGUAUUUAUUUAAUAGUAGCCAAAUCCACCAGUUCAAUUAAUCUAGAUUCGUGUUAGAUAGACCCACGAAGCGAACAAAACUCUUCCUCCCGAUUGUUUGAAGGGACUUUUCCCAAAGUUCGAAUUCGAGAACUUUAUACCCACAGAGAGAAGUGAUCUAUGUCAUUUCAUCUCAAGUUUCGGGAGUAAAUUAUAAUAUCCAUAAAUGAA